CUAUAUCUUCCACGGUGUGGCAAAAUUGGCGCUGACAUGCCGCAAGAAUCUGCAAUGGUGAGUGUUGCUUUUGCAUGCCUGUUGCUGUGGAUCAAUAGCUGCAUUGUUGAGGCGCAACAAGAGAGCUGGACAUAUCAGUUUGGAACCAGCGUGACCGAACAUGUCAAUGCAGUUGAGACUCUUGGGGAUGACAUCGUAGUUGCUGGCUUUACCUUUGGCAGCUUAGAUGGAAACUCAAAUGCUGGCAGUUUCGACAUAUUUGUGAUGAAACUCGACAGUUCAGGUUCCAAAAAUUGGACGUUUCAAACUGGAACCACUGCUGGUGACAAUGCGCGGGCUGUUCAGAUUGAGUCCAGCACAGGCAAUAUUCUUGUAGUUGGCUCUACCCUUGGAGACCUAAAUGCCGUGAAUGCUGGCAGCUAUGACAUGUUUGUGAUGAAAAUCGACAGUGUCGGCAGCCAUAUGUGGACGAUGCAAACAGGAACUAGCAGUGAUGAAGAUCUAUAUGCUGUUCAGAUUGAUUCGUCAGGAAAUAUUAUCGCUGGAGGAUUCACAUGGGGAUCAUUCCCUGGUUUCUCUAAUGCUGGGAAUAGUCGAGACAUUCUCGUCCUCCAGCUUGACAGUUCGGGGUCAACGCAGUGGACCUUCCAGACGGGAAGCACUUCGGACGAAAUUCUAUGGGACCUCAAGUUGGAUGCUUCCGACGACAUUGUCUUGGCAGGUUGGACGGAUGGCCAACUUGACAGCUACUCGAAUGCUGGCCAAUCCGACAUUUAUGUGAUGAAACUCAACAAUGCAGGGUCUUCCCAGUGGAUUUUCCAAACGGGUAGCACUGGUAAUGACCAGGGCGGUCACCUCGGGAUUGAUUCUUCUGGAAACAUCCUGGUGGGAGGCUGGACGGAUGCAGAUCUGGGGAACACCAACCAAGGUGGCACGGACAUUUUUGUGAUGCAGUUGAACAGUGCAGGCACACAGCAGUGGACCUUCCAGACUGGCACUGAAGGCGACGACUACAUCAGGGGACUUGCAAUCGGAACUUUCAACAUCAUUCUGGGUGGAACCACCACAAGUGCCUGGCAUGGAAGCUGCAACAGAGGAGGGGAAGACCUUUUUAUCAUGGAACUGGACAGUGACGGUUCAUCUGUGCAAAAAAUCUUUCAGACCGGCAGCAGUUCGGCGGAUACGUUGCAAGGACGCCUUGUGUUGGACGCUGACGAGGCCGUCAUUUUGGCCGGCUACACCAGCGGAGGCCUGGGUGGCAGCAAUGCAGGAGAAGAGGAUGCCUAUAUCAUGAAGGUUCAGCAACUGAGCUGGACCUUUCAGACUGGGACCAGUGGUGCUGAUGGCGUCAAUUCUCUUCAAAUCGAUUCUUCUGGCAACAUCUUCCUCACAGGUGAAACGAAUGGUGCGCUGGAUGGCUCUGGUAGCGCUGGUAGCGCUGGUGACUCCGACCUUUUUGUCAUGAAGUUGGACAGCACAGGAUCGCGUCAGUGGACUUAUCAGACAGGAAGCACUGCUCAGGACACUGCUGAGGCAAUUCAUCUUGCAGCCAGCGGCAGCAUCUUUGUAGCUGGAUGGACAGCAGGCGACCUCAGUGGAGCUUCUGCUGGAAGUUUUGACAUCUUUGUCAUGAAACUGGAUGACACGGGCUCUCAGCAGUGGACCUACCAGACUGGCACCGCAUCGGCAGACUAUGCCUUUGCUGUUGAGACCGAUGCUUCUGGCAACAUUUUGCUGGCAGGCUCUACCGAUGGAUCCAUGCAAGGGUCGAGUGCUGGUGAUACUGACAUUUUUGUGAUGCAGCUGGACAGUGCGGGGUCACAUCAAUGGACUUUUCAAAUUGGCAGCAACGGGAAGGAUGUCGCAACGGUACUCCGCAUCGAUGCUUCUGGGGACCUGGGUUUAGCAGGCUACACCACUGGUGACUUUGGGGCAGGUGCUGGAUCCAAGGACAUCCUUGCAAUAAAACUCAACAGCGCAGGGUCGCUGGCGUGGAUCUUUCAAAGGGGCAGCAGCGCAGAUGACAUUGCAACAGCCUUGGAAUUCGAUUCCUAUGGAGAUUUGGUCCUGGCAGGUUGGACUGCUGGUAGCUUGGAUGGCAACAGCAAUGCUGGCUCAGUGGAUCUCUUUGCCAUGAAAGUGGAUGCCCAAGGGUCCUGGGAGUGGACCUUUCAGACUGGAACUGCAAGGGAGGAGUGGGCUGGAAGUCUUCAGAUCAUACCUUCAGGCCGCAUUCUUUUAGCAGGUUCCAUCAAGAAUGGGUUGGGUGGCAGCGAAGACAUCUUGGCAGUGGAGCUUGACAGCACAGGGUCACUUCAAUGGAAAUUCGUCGCGGGGACCACUGCAGGAGAUAUUGCACACGCUGUGCAAUUGGAUGUGUCGAACAACGUCAUCUUGGCGGGUACCACAGGCGGUGGAUUAAACGGCAAUGCCCAUGCUGGCAGCGACGAUAUUUUCGUGAUGAAGGUGCUGCGAGUUCCGGAUCCUGCACCAUCUACCAGUGGUCAGGUGUCCUGGACCUUUCAGACUGGAACUUCUGUUGACGAUGUCCUUCUUGGUGCGGUCCUGGACUCCUGUGGGAAUGUGAUUCUGGCAGGAUAUACCAAGGGAAGUUUUUCGGGCUCCAAUGCUGGCUAUUGGGACGUCUUUACUAUGAAACUGAGUGAAGAUGGGAGUCAGCUGUGGGCUUAUCAAACAGGAAGCGACGGGAAUGACCAGUUGUAUGGGCUGGCUGUCGAUAGCUUCAACAGCAUUGUCCUCACGGGUGCUACUUCCGGGAGCCUGAAUGGGCAGAGCCACAGCGGCCAGACGGACAUCUUCGUGAUGAAAAUUGACCGUUUCAAAACUUUGCAGUGGACCUACCAGACUGGGACGGAUAGCCAGCAGGAAGGCACUGGAGUUCAGGUGGAUCUUUGGGGUAACAUUUUUGUGGCUGGCUGGGCGGCAGGUGAUUUACACAGCCAGGUGAGUGCUGGGGAGGUGGAUGCCUUUGUGAUGAAACUCAGCUCCGACGGGGUCAAUCAAUGGACGGUACUUUCCGGAGGACCUGCUUAUGACUUCGCUUGGAACUUGGCAAUGGAUGCUUCAGGGAACAUUGUGGUGGUGGGCGACAGCUAUGGCUCCUUUCAAGGCAAUUAUAAUGCUGGCGGCUCAGACUUGUUUGUUUGGAAGCUGAAUCACGCAGGGAGUGAUCAGUGGUCUUUCCAAGCAGGAACCAGCGGAUCUGAGUAUUCAAGCGGCAUGGACAUUGACAGUGCUGGCAACAUCGUUGUCACGGGUAUGACGAGUGGAGUUAUGGGUGCCAGCAGUACAGGAAAUUAUGACGUGGUAGUCCUGAUGCUUGACAGUUCGGGGGUUCAGCAAUGGAUCUUUCAGACAGGCAGCAGCACAGGUAGUAGUGCAGGCAGGGCAGCUGUUUGGGAUCCCUAUGUUAGCAUCUUUGUGAUGGCCACUGCAUCGGGCAAUUUCGCUGGUGGUGUCGCGAUUGGCGACCAGGAUGUGGCUUUGCUGAAGCUUGAUGCUACUGGCAAUCAGGAGUGGGUGAGCCAACUCGGCACUAGCGCCAGGGAGGAGUGCGGGGUUCAACUUUCUCUCGGAGCAGCUGGCAACAUUCUGGUUGCAGGGUGGACGACUGGGGCCAUAACUGGCUCCAAUGCAGGAGGGGAGGAUAUCUUUGCCAUGAUGGUGGCUCGAUUGAGUCUUAGCAACGGCGAGCUCAGGGCACCAAAGGAUACCAAUUGA